AUGGAUGCCAAGAAGAGGAAUAUCGAGGAAGAAGAGAUGGUGGCCAAUUUUUUGAUGAAGGAGGUGAGAGAUUGGGACAAUGAAGAGAAGAUGAAAUCCAGGUUCAAGGCGCUGAGUGGACAGAGGUGCGAUUGGGAGCCCCUUUACCUUUUCUGGAGGGACCUGAUCAUUAAGGUAGCUCGGCACCUUCACAUAUUCAUCCUUCAUCCUAGCCACAUCAAACAUUUAUGGUUCCGUCGAGGUGGCUUGUCCCCUCUGUGCCUUGAUCGUGUACUUGUGGAAAUGUAUAAUGCUGGGGAUUUAUUGCCAGUUACACUUCUCUUGGAUCCAACAACUGAAGGUUGGCGGCUACCUCAGAUUUUUCGCAAAGCAGUACAUCUGUUGAGCUUAUCUCGGGCAUCAACUACGCUAGAAAGUCUGACGGAAGAUUGCUACGUACUUGCUCCACUGUUAAAGGAAAAAUCUCUUGAAGUUGUCAAUUAUUUUUCUGAAAAUCAUUGGACGCCUUCUUGCGUUAUCACAAUGAGUAAGUUCCAGGAAAUUUGUGGAGGGUCAAAGGAAGCAUCCGCAAUUUUGAGUCACUUGUCUGAAUGUCAGAAAGCAAAGUACUUUGUGAUCAACAAAAACGACCGUGUAGAGGGAGUAAAAGUUUGUCUUAAUCCAGGAGCAGUUUCUAGCAUCACAAGUAUAGAUUACAAUGUUUUACACUUAAUCUCGACAGCGGAAAAGCUUGAGCAACAGCUUGAUUUGAUCGACCAGCGUUAUGAAAAAACUAGGAAGUCUGCUUUAGCUUCUUUGAAAUGUGGCAACAAAAGUGCUGCCCUGAGAAGUGCAAAAGAACUAAAGCUGACCUCUCAGAGUCGAGAUAAAUGCUCAAAUCUUUUGGACCGAGUUGAAGAAGUUCUCAGAGUUAUCUCUGAUGCUGAGUCCUCAAAUAAGGUUUCUGAGGCUAUCCAAAUAAGUACACAAGCAUUGAAGGAUAAUCAGACAACUGUUGAAGAAGUUACUCUGUGUCUUCAGCAUCUUGAUGAGAGCAUUGAUUCUUUGAAGCAAGUUGAUAAAGUUUUAGGAUCAAAUUUAGCAUUAGCUGAAAUUGAAGAGGAAGAUCUUGAAGAUGAAUUCACUAAACUCGAGCUGGAAGUCGAGUCUCAACCUAGUCAAAAUCCCACAAAAGUUGGAAUGGGCGAUAGUACGGGAGUAGCAGAGGUUUCAGCAGCUACUAAUGCAUUGAGUAAUGCUCUGUCCAAUCUCAGUCUUAACGAUGGUGCAGCGUUGGAGUCAGUGACAGAAUAUUCUGUGAAGAUGAUGAGCAAAAACCCGGUGUCAAAAGAUGCUAAUUUGGAACCUGCUUGA